AUGAAGAUAUCGGUUCUACUAGCCCAAGUGGCUUGGAGCUCAUGCACGGAUUGCACGAAGCGGAACAAGAUCAGGGAAGAAGUGACGAAAAUUAGAUUGAGGAGGGAUAUUGGAAACACGCAGCAAGAAAAUUUACUCAAUGAAGGUGUUAUUUCAGGCCGAGAAACAAUCUCUCUCGCAAAUCCGCUCAAGAAAAGCUGGAAAUGGACCCAAGACGAGUGGAAAUUUGAAGACGACUUUGUUCAGCCAAGUUUUGUCCUCAAGAUGAACGAGAUGAACACAGAACCGGCAAACUUACGCGACCAGUUCAGUAAGCUCAAAGCCGUCCACACCACUGAUGAUGAGGAUCUCAUGAUCGAAGGCUCUGGCGAAGAGUUUUCAGGAGACGGCAACUUCGAGAGUGACUAUGGCUUCGCUGAUUAUGAUGAAACUUAUAUGAAAGAAAACAAGCCCGAUUCAAAUGAUAAAUCUUCACCAGCAACAGAAGAAAUUUCAUCAACAACUAAUCCGCCUUCAACUAGCACUACUUCAACAACAACCACUUCUACUUCAACUGUUAGCACAACUACUUCAAAGCAACCAACAACCACGACAACUUCAACGACCACGAAAACUUCUACAACCACACAAACUUCUACCACAACGACAACAACUACGACAACGACAAGCACUACUAGUACAACAACUCUUCCUCAGACGACCUCUUCAACAUCGACGACUUCUAAAACAUCCCGUCUUACAAGCAGUGCUAGCCACUCAUCACCACAGUCGUUGUACUCAUCCUAUUGUUAUCGUUACAGCCGUGCCCGAGUCAAUUUUGGCAGUUCCAUCGACAUGGCUGGCCAGACAGAAUGGAACUACGAUUCCCCCACAGAGCGCAACAAUCGUUUUCUCUUCGAAAGCGAGCGUAUAAUGCGUGUCUUCGAAGAAGAAUACGAUCGAAUCCCUGGCCACUACGAAGUCACUCCAAUUCAAAUCAAAGAAGUCAAUGGCGAUGUCAUGGUCUUCAUCGACAUAGGCUGUCAAUUGGUCAAUUCUGCUUGUGAUGCUGACGAUACUGAAGAAUUUUUGAAGAGUAUUGUCGAAAUGAAAUACAUUGAAAACUAUGUUCUGAAAGAAAAUGGAUUUAGAUUUACUGAUCUGGGUAUGCAAGGAUGUGAUAACUACGUUAUCCCACCAACCAUCACUCCUGAUGUUGUCGAUGUCAGUGGCCCCGAGUCAUCAGAAUACGAAUAUGAACCUAUUGAAUAUGACUUGCCCGAGAGAACCACUACAACUGAGAUGCCAAAAGCAACUGCCCCAAGAACAACUCCUAAGAGCACUAAAUACAUGACAAAAUACACUGCUCAGAAUGGAUAUGACAAUAUUCAGUGCAAUCAGUACACAGAAAUGAGAUGUCACAAUGGCAAAGAUUGUAUUGAUAGAUCUCAAGCAUGCGAUGGAGUAAAAGACUGCUCUGACGGAUCUGACGAGUGGGGAUGUGGAACUUUUGAAGGCGGUGCUGGAGAAUGUGAGCCAAACGAAUUCAUGUGUGGAAACGGCAAGUGCGGAUCGAAAGUAUGGCUCUGCGAUGGCGACAUGGACUGUGCCAAUGCCUUUGACGAGAGCGAAUGUCCAGCAAGCUUUGAGGGUCCAUGUGAGAGCACCCAGUUUCAGUGCAAAGCGAGCGGUAACUGCAUUCCCAAGUCUUACCAAUGCGAUGAUCACCCUGAUUGCUCCGACAGUUCUGAUGAGCUUGAUUGCGCCGCUCCGACUGUAACAAAUCCACCACUUCCUGAAGUGCAUGCUUCUGUUGGCAGCACUGUUGUCCUUGAAUGCACAGCGGUAGGAACUCCAAUGCCCAUUAUUUCCUGGAGAAAAAACUGGGGCCACACUUGCUCCGCGCCAAGAUGUGACCAGAAAACCCACCUUGGUCACGGCCGACUCACCAUUCGAAACGUCACAAAAGAGGAUGAAGGAGCAUAUUCUUGCGAGGCGAUGAAUUCUCGUGGUAAUAUUAUCCCUGUACCUGACGCAGCCCUUUUUGUCCGGAAACCAACCGCCGGACGAUGUCCUGACAAUACUUUUAAAUCGCCAGACGGAGAUUGUUUGAACUGCUGGUGUUCUGGCCAAAGCAGCGCCUGCGCUCAGCUUCAUAGAGGUUACGCUCGAGUACACCUUGAUCCUGAUGAUUAUUCCGAAAUCAAACUUGCUCCCCUUGAUGAUCAUGCUUCUUCAUUUUACCCCAAGCCCGAGCAAGUCAUUCGAGGUCACAAGAAAAUAACACUGAUCGAUCUUUCAAAGCGCUUUCUUGCUUCUGCUAACUACUGGUCGCUUCAAGAACCAUUCUCCGGCAGCAUGAUCCAGACUUAUGGUGGAUCCCUGGAAUACACCGUCUCCUUCAAGUCCCAAUACGACACGCCGAUCGACCUGCCAGAUGUAGUGAUACAAGCGGCCGAUGGUUCGCAACUUUCAUAUCGCUUCCGGACACCAACACUGCCGAAUCGGGACAACACCAGACGCGUUUCUUUCCGCGAAGAUAACUGGCAAGACAUCAAUGGCCGGUCAGUCUCACGAGAAGACUUUUUGAAUGUUUUAGCGAAUGUUGCCGGCGUUUUCCUCAGAACAACAUAUGACGAGAAUAUGUUCGAGACAAGCUUAUCGAAUGUGUCCAUUGAAAAAGUUUCCACUCAGCGAGGAUCAAGCUACGUCGAGCAUUGUUCUUGCCCAUGGGGAUUCUCCGGAACUAGCUGUGAGAAAUGUGUCGAAGGUCAUUACAGAAAAGGAAAUGAAUGCAUCGAAUGUCCUUGCAAUGGAUACGAAUGCGAGCUUGAUGAUGUAUCCGGUACGGAGCCUAUUUGCAAAUGCCCGGCUCAUCUAAAUCAGGAAGACUGCUCACUCAAAAUUGAGAAAACAACCUCUAAGGCGGCGACAACAACACCAACGACUCAAACAACAACGUCGACGGAAGCUCCUGAAGUCUCUCCAUGCAAUCCAGCUGGGACAGAAAACUUUGAUGGUGACUGCAAUUGCAAGAAUAAUACUGUUGGAAGCAGAUGCGAUCGCUGCAAGAUCAACACUUUCGAUGGCCCAAAAGAGGAAUAUCCAGAAGGCUGUUUAGAUUGCUGGUGCUCUGAUGUCACAAAGAACUGCAAAGCCUCGAAUCUUUUCUUCAACAGAUUUAUUCCACAGGACAUGGAUAGAUUCCCAAUCGUCGAGAUUAAUUCACACGGCGGCCUGGACCAGUUAGAGCGUUCCGAUAUCAACCACCAGAGACAAGGUGGCUACCACGCUCGUACUUAUCGAAAAGAGAACUGCUACUGGCUUAUUCCUGAUCGAUUCCUUGGUGACAAGCUAACAUAUUACGGCGGCUCAAUGGUCUUCGAUAUCAUCAUUGACGGAGAAAGGAACCCUGGCGGACGAGUUGAACUUAUUCUGACUGGAAAAGGAAAAACCCUCAAGUAUAAUUUCGGCGUCAUUCGAGGAUCUGUUAAUGUCAAAAUCUCUGAAAAUGCUGGCUGGGAGCUUGAAAAUGGAAGGAGUGCAAGUCGGGAGGAUAUUUUAUCAGUACUUGCAGAUAUUCAAAGAAUCCUUAUUCAAGGAUGCAUUGGAUACACUGAAUUCUCAGAGAUCGCCAACUUCCAAGUAGAUAUGGCUAGCACUCAAAGAAGCUCGAUCCCAGCUACAUCCGUCGAAAAGUGCUUCUGCCCUCGCGGCUAUCGAGGUUUGAGUUGCGAGGAAUGUGCACAUGGCUAUUUCCGCCUUACCACUGGUCACUGUCAAAAAUGCAACUGCGGUGAUGACAACGACUGUGAAGACUUUACCGGCGAGUGCCAGUCAAAAGUCCUUUGCAAUGAAAACCCAUCGACCCCUUUGUCUAUGCCCUGCUUCUGCAUGGGACGAUCGGAUGACUGUAGCUUUGACAAGCUCAAAUGGAGCACCGUUCAAGCCAAACAACUUACAGGAACCCAUUUGACGGACAAAUUCGGCCGAUCAAAGGACAAUGAAGUUCGAAGUUGUGGAAUCGGCUGUUUGUACGCUCCAUUGAAGAUUUCUGAAAAUUAUGAUGCUUUUUGGACGGUUCCUUGCAGCGUUCUUGGAGGAGAGCUGGUUCAGUCUUACGGUGCUUCCCUGAGAUUUGAGCUUGAGUUCAAUGGCCAAGUUCACAACAAGGGUUUCGAAUGUGCUAUCAUCCGUUCCCGCCAUGAACCCGAUCUGAUCCAAAGCUGUGGUCCAUCCCCACACACUAAGGGAGCAAACUCAAUCGAGCUCCAUGAAAAUUCUUUCGCCCGAAGAAACGGAAAAUCCGUCACUCGCGAGGAUUUCCUGAUGAGCUUGGCAACCUGUGAGACGAUCUCAAUCCGCGCUCAAUACAACAAAGACGGCAGCUCUGUGAAAAUCUCAAAUGUGGAGAUUGACAAAGCUUUGCCUGACCGAGGCGAGCAAAAUGCUGCGACAGUUGAGCUUUGCCAAUGUCCAGUUGGAUAUGAAGGAACAUCUUGCGAAAAAUGCACAGAUGGAUACUACCGCGGAAAAGGCCUUUACCUUGGACAAUGCAUCCCUUGCGAAUGUAAUGGAAUGGCAAAGACCUGCAAUAAGCACACUGGCGCGUGUAUUGGUUGCCAAGGAUCAACUGCAGGACCAAAAUGCGAUCAAUGUAGACAUGGGUAUCAAAAAAUACGAAGUGGUGAUUGCGUCAGAAUUCCAGCUGUCCCUUGCCAGACUGAUGAUGUGAAGGAGAUUUGCAAGGAGCAAAUGCUUGAUAUUGUUUUCCUUGUUGAUGGUUCAGAUUCAAUCCCGCCAAACGAUUUCGCGAAGAUUCAAAAAUGGAUCUCCAAGUUCACGUCCGACCUGUCUCCCUCCGAACUCACUCAGGCACUACGAGUUGUCGUCGUUCAAUUCUCCGACAUCGUACUGACAAACGUUGAUUACCAGCUUAAUUCGGCGUCCGACUUGGCCGAGUUUGACUUGCGCUUGGCCGUGAUCCGGCAAAUUGCGAAAAACACCAUGACGGGCAAGGCGCUUUCUUUCGUCGCUGAAAAUACCCUGCCCAGCUUACGCGCGGAAUCGCUCAAGACGAUGAUUACUUUCACAGAUGGUGGCUCACGUGAUCACAUUCGUCGGGAGGACGUCAAAACGCUUCAGGAACAGUUUGACUUCAUGCUCGCUGUUGGAGUUGGCCCAAGCGCUCGCGAUGACGAGCUAAGGAUGCUUUCCACAAAGGGCCGAUCAAUUCACGUUAAGGAAUACGAUGCACUUGCGGAUCUCGUUGAGAAUAUUCUGCAAUCUGUUGCUUCUCAAUGCUCGGAGAAAUCCUCAGGCUAUACUAGAACAUCGCAAAGCUCAUCAAGAGAGGACCAGCCGACAAGAUCAUAUUCUCGAAAAAUUAGUAGGCCAACUAAUCGACCUCAGCUUCCUUCAAGAGGCGACAAUGAAGAAAACAGAUAUUCUAGCUAUCGAUCUCCCCAAUACCUAAAGCGUGGAAAUCCUAAAAUAUCAGUCUAUCUUCGAUCGAAUGAGUCCCGCAAGGUCGUCAGAGCCGGGUCAAGAGUGGAACUCAAAUGUUCUGCGCACUCUUCGAUUCCAUCUUAUGCACUCAAUUGGUACAGAAACGGACAAGCAGCAAUGCCCAAGGGAACUGCUGCUAAUUCUAAUGGUCUGCUCGUUAUCAAGGACAUUCAACCUAGCUCAGCUGGCACUUAUACUUGCUGGGCUAAUAUCAACAAGAAAAUUGGUCCGAUUGGGCCACAGAAUGUGCAGAUAAUCGGUCCAGAUAGUGCUCAAAUCGGACAGCCGAUAAAUUUUGAGUGCAAGGCGACGGGUAAUGGACUGAACUUUCGGUGGAUGGACGGACAAAACAACAAUAUCUCAACAGACGCGCAGCUGUCUUUCUACCCAGAAAGUACGAUCAAUUUGACGUGUAUUGUCAGCGACUUGGAUGGACUGCAAACAUCCAGAAUCCACGAAUUGACAGUUGGAGAGGCUCCAUUUUUGAGGACAUCGACCGAAGACAGCCUCUUGGAGUUCGUUGAAGGUUCAAAGUUGGAGAAAAUAUACUGUUUCUCGAAAGACGGGGACGUGUUCUGGCGAGUUUAUCUAAACUCAACAGACGAGCUCCCACGAGAAAUCCAGUCUGACGAGGUUACUGUUGGCUACAGUCUAUGGAAAGCUGUUCAAUGCGGAGCGCGAAACGAGUUUGGAACGCGUCUCUCGAAAAUUAUUGAAAUUGCGAGUAUUCCAAGCUCCAGCCUACCGCAUAAUGUGAGAAUCGAACAGCCCGAUCUUUAUGCAAGAGUAGGGAGCAACUUGUCUAUUACUUGCUCAGCGCUAGGAAUUGACGUCAAUUAUCACUGGUCCAAAGAUGAUGUAGAAUUGGAAGAAAUUGGCGCUGAAUUAGCUUUUGAUGAUUUGACAGACGAAGAUUCUGGAUCUUAUAAAUGCACAGCUUCUAAUAAAUAUGGGAACGCGACGAGUUUACCAAUAACUGUUCAUAUUGGAAUCCUUCCGACUGUCAGCAUCGACCCUUCUCCAGAAGAUAUCGCCACAUUCCCAAUCAACAUAACUUGCAACGUCGAAAACGGCCUCCCAACCUGGAUUUUCAAGAAAGAUGGUGAAGAAUGGGGUCAAGAUCAUCCCGUAGCGCUAAUUGAGCUAGGUGAAAUGGACGAGGCUACAUGUUUCGGCUACAAUGCUUUUGGCAAUCAAUUUGGCCCUUCUAUUCCUUUGAAAGAAAUUUCUCUUUUAUACGAAGCAAUUCAAGAAGCCGAAGCAAAGCUCAAAGCUGCUGAGUUUCAAAAAGCAGCAGAAGUACUCAGCAUUCACGCGUCAUCUGAGUACGUCAGAGUAAAUGAAAGCGUCACUGUCGUUUGUGAACUGGAUAAAUCAAAUGCAACCGUGACAUGGACACAUUUUGCCGCAGAAAACAGUAUUAGAGUCAUUGAAAAUUCUGACGCGCUGCUUGAGCUUACUGAUGUCAGACUUGAAGAUACUGGAGUCUAUUUCUGUUCAAGUGGAGGCAACAAUAAGUCGGUGGAGAUCUUUGUCUACGAAGAACCAGUCAUUUUGGCGCAACUUGAAGUUGUUCAGAUGAAUCAAACGGAAGUGAAUUUGGAAUGCCAAGUUGAAAAAGGAUCGGAUUUAACUUUCACUUGGAUAGCGAGACAACAGCCGAUUAACAUCACGUGCAUCGCAAAAAAUCCUGUCGGAUUUGCUGAAAAAAUCUUCCUCCUCGAACCUAUGGAUGUUUUGACCUUGGUAACGGAGCCCGCUGGCACUGUCUUCAAGGCUGGAGAAGGUGUUUCGUUCAGAUGUGACUUGAGAAGUGAAGGCGAUAAUUUGACAAAAUGGAUCUUCAAUAAUAGAACACUCGAGCAUGUAGGCAACAUGCUAAAAUUGGAGAAUCUGGAGCCAGAAGAUAGUGGAACAUGGAAAUGUGUAAAUGGCGAAUUCUCGUCUCAGACUCAUAUUUCUGUCCUCGCCGUGCCAACUGUUGCCAUCGAGAAACUCAGCCAAGCGCGAGUAGACUCUGAACUAGAGAUCACCUGUAAAUCUGAGGGUAAUCCUCCGCCGAAGGUUUUCCUCGAGGUUGGAAAUUUCAAAGCAGAAGGACUGGGCGAACACAAAAAUAGACCUGGCAUGGUAGCAAAAUGCACAGCUAAAAAUGCGAUCGGCGGAACAGAGAGAGUUCUCGACCUCGAUGUUGAACCAGUCUGGGUUGAUCCGGUCAAAUCAUCUGUUCCUUCAGGAUCCCGACUGGAAAUUCAGUGUCACGCAGGAGGAGCAAGAACUUGGCUAAGCCCUGUUGGGGAGGAAAUUCCUUACCGUCCUCCGGCAGCAUUUGAUCCAGAAGACAGAGUUUUCAAUAGAAAUGGAACGCUGAUUUUUAAGAAGAUUUUCAAAGAUGAUGCUGGAGAAUAUUCCUGCUUUAGUGGCGAUGAUUUUACGAAAUCGACAGUGUCUGUUUUCACCCAGGCGAUGGAAUUCACGCAUACUCCUUACUCCGUCGCUCGAUUUUCCGUACCUCGAACUUGGUAUGAAUGCGUCGAUAUCAGCUUCAACAUCAAGCCGCAAUAUUACGAUGGAGUUUUGCUGCUAAUAACCGGAAGCAACAAUGUUGACUUUCUGCGACUUUUCAUGAAAGGAGGCAUAAUUCAUUUGGACUACGAUCUCGGGAGUGGUCGAGGAAAGACAGAAAGUCACAUGAUCAGAACUGGCGUUUGGAGCUCAAUCAGUCUUCGGCGAUGCGACAGAGAAGCCACUUUGACAGUCAACGAUGAGUCCUAUCGAGCCCAGUCACGUGGACUCUUCCGAGGUUUCGAUCACGAUCUUUAUGGGUACUUGGGGAACGCAGAUGGCGAACAGGGCUUUUAUGGAUGCAUGAGCGAUCUCAAAAUUGAUGGCGACGAGAUUGACUUUGCGGCAUUAUACUCUGAGGAACAGUUUGAAAUGUUAAUUUUUAGACUAAAUAAUAUUCAUUCAAAAGAUAAUAAUAUUUCAAACACAAACUAG